AUGCAAGGAUCCGGUGGAGGAAGCCAGUGUACUGCUACUAGUAGCAAUCACAUUAGUAGCGGUGGUAAGACCAACGGCAGAGCGGAAGGUGGAGGAGGAAUGGUGAUGAGGAAAGGCCCAUGGAUGGCCGAGGAGGACGAGAUUCUAAUAGAAUACGUUCGAAAGCACGGCCCCCGUGACUGGAGCUCCAUUCGAUCCAAAGGCCUCCUCCCUCGCACCGGCAAGUCCUGCCGCCUCCGCUGGGUGAACAAACUCAAGCCCGACUUGAAAACUGGGUGCAAGUUCUCCCCGGAGGAAGAGAGAAUUGUGAUUGAUUUGCAGGCGCAGUUUGGGAACAAGUGGGCGAGGAUAGCAACGUAUCUGCCAGGGAGGACGGACAAUGAUGUGAAGAAUUUUUGGAGCACCAGGCAGAAGAGGCUGGCGAGGAUUUUGAGGACACCCCUGCCGUCGAGAUCGAGUAAGAACCAUGGAAAGGUGCCCAUCUCUUCUCAUGAAGUGGCCCAUUUGGAGGGCCCCUCUCUGGAUCUGAUUUUACUUGAGGGAGAUUCUUCCAAUGGCCAAUGCAGCCAGGCUGCCUCAAAGAUGGCUCAAAUGCCAGAUAUCAUGAACCCAGUGCCGCUCAACCUUGACACAGCCCUCCCCCUGCUUGAACCAGCCAUGGAGAAGGAGCCUCGCCUGUCGAACAACCCACUGCCACCACUACUACUGUCCUUCGACCGCCUCCCGCACCCACUAAUCGACCUCCCACUCCUGCAAGAGGAUGCCUCUGAACUCUUGCCCAGCUACAGGGAUGUGAGCUUCCCAGAUGAAUUUGCUUGCUUGGAACCUUGUCCAUGCAUGCCACCACCUCAGGGGCUACCAUUCUUUGGCUUGGAUGCUGAGCAAAAUGGCAUCACAAAGGUGGACAAGUAUCCAAGGACACCUGACUUCUUUGAAGACUUACCAUCCGACAUGUUCGACUACCUAGAGCAGCCGCCGCCGCCGCCGCCACCGCCUUCAUCUACAUCAUGGUAGUGUGUCUUAUGGGGGAGCAUUUGGAUUUUCAGAACAAUUAGAUUUCUUUGUUUCUUGAAGGCUAAAAAUUGUGGUGUAGUGAAGACUAUUGGUAUGCUAUAUUCCAUUGGAACUGGAUUUGAACUGGACCACUUGUUGGUCUGUAUUGUACUGAUUUUAUUUAAGACAUGCAUGGUAUUGAGUGGGUUGCUGCUUUAAAAGUGGCACCUCUGAUACUUCA